CCGCCAAUUGUUCCCAUCUUUUUCCUCGAUACUAUACCAAAAACCAGGAAACUGCUAAUACAAUUUGACAGUAAAAUCGCCAUAUAUGGAUCAAAAAUACCAAAACACGCACGUAAAACUACUAGCCUUCGAUCUUCUCUCUCUCACUCAACUUCCAUCUUUCUCCUCCUCAGACCUAAUCUCCUUCUCUCGUUUAGGCAAGUCUUUCUCACGCGCCGAAAUCCUCGGCAUUGUCACCUCCCGCGAGCAUAAACCAAACAAAUUCCUCAAAUUCACGAUCGACGAUGGCACCGGCUGCGUUAGCUGCGUUCUCUGGCUUAACCAGCUCACUUCCCCUUAUUUUUCUCGCCGCAGCCCUCCAGAUGUUCGAUUAAUUGCCGACAUGGCCAGUCAUUUUGCCUCAGAGAUUAAGAUCGGUGUUGUGGCUUGUGUGCGCGGGAGGAUUACGAGCUAUAGAGGUGCGGUGCAGAUCACUGUCUCCGAUGUUGUUAUUGAGAGAGAUCCAAAUGCGGAGAUCCUCCAUUGGUUGAAUUGCAUUAGACUUGCGCGUAAUUGCUACGAUGUAAGCCCUCUAUGUAAAUAGUGCAAUUCGUUUUUAAAUUAAGUGCUUUUCGGUUUUCACUGUUGGUUUCUUUCCUAAUUAAGAUGGUAACGUACUAAUGUUAAUAUCUUGUGAUAAUGAUAGAUGAUUCAAUUUACUUCUAUGUCAAAUUAAGUCUUUAUUUCUUU